AUGGACGAAGCAUGGCGCACGGGCAACUCGCGGAAAGUCUACACAAUGCUGCGGCUCUACAGCGGAAGGCUAAAGGCAGCGCCGAGCACGCUCCAGGAAGACGGCCGAAGCGUCGCCAACCAGCACUGCCUCUCCGUCUGGCGCCGACACUUCCAAGAACUCCUCAACAGGCCGCCACCGGACGGCCCGGAAUUCGUGCCACCGUUCAAGCCGGAGUACGCCGUCAGCAGCGACCCACCAGACGUGGAAGAGGUCAGGCGAGCACUCGCAAAGCUGCGGAACAACAAGGCGGCCGGCCCUGAUGACGUCCAGCCAGAGCUCCUAAAGGCACUACCAGAUGCGGCAGAGCGACAGUACACGGAAGCGCUACGGCAGUUAUGGGAACGCGAGCAGAUACCGGACGAGUGGCGCCGCGCAAUCGUCAUCCCGCUGCACAAGAAGGGCUGCGUCACCGACCCGUCCAACUACCGUGGCAUCUCCUUACUCAGUGCCCAGUACAAGCUGCUAGAGCGGAUCAUCGCUGACCGAAUCCUGGCAGAGAGGGACAGCAGCAUGCGCGACGAGCAGGCCGGAUUCCGUCCCGGACGUAGCACCACGGAUCAGAUCCUCAUCCUGCGAAGGAUCAUUGAGACACGCAGCCGCUUCGCACAGCCGUUUCACAUCGCAUUCCUGGAUUUCGCAUGCGCUUUUGAUUCGCCGGAUCGCAGCCGCAUCUACAAGCUAUUAACGGCAGACGGCGUCCCCGAUAAGAUCGUCCGGCUGAUCCGAGACAUGAACACCGACUCCGACGCUGUCGUUCGCACACGCGCUGGAACCAGCGAGCCCUUCGCCGUAGCCACGGGCGUCCGCCAAGGGAGCGUCUUGGGGCCGAUGCUCUUCAACUACGUCAUCGACGCUGUGCUCGACGAAGCCGUGAUGGAAUUUAACGGCGGCUUCAAGCUCAUCCCAUCUGACCGGGUGAUCACAGACCUCGAGUACGCGGACGACAUCGCGCUGAUUUCGAACAGCCGAGACGAGCUGCAACAACUUCUCAACCGCGUCGACACGCUCGGACGAUGCUUUGGACUCCGGCUGAAACCACCAAAAUGCGAGGUCGUCUCAACUGAGCCAGACUCCGACCCAAUAACGGUCGCAGGAGAGCCGCUCAAAGAAUCAGACCACUUCUGCUACCUGGGCUCAAUCAUCACACGCGACGGCAAUGUGCGCCCGGACAUUACCCAGCGCCUCAACAAGGCUCGCGCAGCCUUCGGAAUGCUCCAACAGUGCCUUUGGUCAACAUCCAUAUCGACGAAGAUGAAGCUGCGCGUUUACGCCACGGCAAUCAGGCCGAUACUCCUCUACGCGGCAGAGACCUGGCAGAUGACUCAGUACGAGCAGGAAGACCUCGACAAAGCAGAACGGCGAUUCCUCCGCAAGAUCCUCGGUGUCCGGCUCGCUAACAAGAUUCCCAACGCCGAAAUCUACGACCGAGUGAAGCCAGUGAUCACCUGCAGGCUAUCGGACUACGUCGCAGAGAGGCGCAUGAGGCUGCUAGGACACCUGCUAAGACGGCCUUCGGAACGUCUCACUCGCCUCGCGCUGGAACACAUGCCGGACAGCAGCUGGAGGCGGAAGCGCGGCGGACGGAAGAACACCUGGCCGGAGAUGCUUAAAGACGACCUCAGAAAGCGAGGCUUUGGAAACCGGUUUCACGGCACCGACGCGAACCAAGCCUGGCAAUCAAACGACCGAUGGCUACGCGCCGUCACCUUAUUCGCGGAAGACCGACCAACGUGGGAUCAGUGCGUGAAGGAAGCGACCUCGAUGCCGCGCCCCCCGACCUCGGGACCUUCAUUAAGUCAAGUAAGUCAGGACGGAACGGGGGUGUACCCCCACAACUCUAGUAAAACCCACUUUAUUUUCCGACAUAGCCUGCUGGUCUGUUGA